UACAGGACUUUUCUUGUUUUACCGAAAAUACAUUUGGAAGUUGUAGUUUUUCAUGAAUAAACUCGGGAGACCCAGAUGUAAGUUUUUUCAGUGACUGCUGAACAACCAGACAAGCUACGAUGAUCCAGAUUACGUUAACGCAAAGAUAAUUCACGGCAAAUCCAUCCUGGUCCUGAAUCUAGACCAGUGGGGUUCUGAGACUAGGCCAAGCCCAAAGUAACACACACACACACACACACACACACACACACACACACACACACACACACACACACACACACACACACACACACACACACACACACACACACACACACAUGCAAACAAGGCCAAGUAAGCCAGAGAGAGCUGGGCUGGAGUCUUGUUGGAGAUAAUCCGGAGGUCUGCCAGUGCCAUCCUACUAUGGCAGUGCCUCCACCCAUGAGUUCUGCAGACACCACCCUCCCUGGCCCCUCCCCCCUCAGCUCCCAGGUGCACGCGGCCGCUGUCAAUGGUGACAAGAGCACCUUGCAGAAGCUAAUCACAGCUGAUCCUGCCUUGAGGGACAGUGUGGAUGGCUUCGGCCGGACCCCCCUGAUGUACUGUGUGCUGGCGGACCGUCUGGACUGUGCUGAGGCCCUGCUGAAGGCCGGAGCCGCCGUCAACCAGAGAGACCACAGCCACCGCACCGCCCUGCACCUGGCCGCUCAGAAGGGCAACACUCGCUUCAUGAAGCUGCUGCUGUCGCGCCGUGCUGAUUGGCUGCUGAAGGACCGCGAGGAGAUGACGGCGCUGCACCUGGCCACACGUCACCCCUCGCCCAAAGCCCUCGCCCUGCUGCUACGACACAUGGGGCCAGGGGAGGUGGACACGCAGGACAAGAACAAGCAGACAGCGCUGCACUGGAGUGCCUUCUACAACCACGCGGAGCACGUGAAGCUGCUCAUCAAGCACGACUCCAACAUCGGCAUCCCCGACAGCGAGGGCAAGAUCCCCCUGCACUGGGCCGCACACAACACAGACCCCCACGCCACACACACCGUACGCUGCAUACUGGAGGCUGCCCCGACGGAGUCCCUGUUGAACUGGCAGGACUACGAGGGUCGCACGCCGCUGCACUUCGCGGUGGCCGUGGGCAACCAGGAGGUGGUGAAGGUGCUGACCUCCUACGAGGGCUGCAGCGUCACGGCCUACGACAACCUCUUCAGGACACCCAUGCACUGGGCCGCCCUGCUGGGUCACGCCCAGAUUGUCCACCUGCUGCUGGAGAGAAACAAAUCUGGCAGUAACCCGUCAGACAGUCAGGGAGCCACACCCCUACACUAUGGGGCCCAGAGCAACUACGCCGAUACGGUGGCCGUGUUUGUGCGCCACCCGUCGGUGCGUGAUGAGCCGGACCUGGAGGGCAGGACGGCCUUCAUGUGGGCCGCAGGGAAGGGCAGCGAUGACGUCAUCACAACCAUGCUGGACCUCAAGCCAGACCUGGACCUCAACAUGACCGACAAAUACGGAGGAACAGCGCUGCACGCUGCGUCUCUGUCGGGCCACGUGUCCACGGUGGCUCUGCUGCUGGAGCGAGGGGCGGUGCUGGACCCCCUGGACGUCAUGAAGCACACGCCCCUCUUCCGAGCCUGCGAGAUGGGCCACCGCGACGUCAUCCUCACCCUCAUCAAAGGGGGUGCCUGUGUUGACCUGGUGGACAUCGAUGGACACUCUGCACUACACUGGGCAGCUCUGGGCGGCAACGCGGAGGUGUGCGAGGUGCUGAUGGAGAACGGGCUUGGGCCAGACCUGCAGGACAGUGCGGGCCGGACGCCGCUGCAGUGCGCUGCCUAUGCCGGCUACAUCAACUGCAUGGCCCUGCUGCUGCAGCACAACGCAGACCCCAACAUACAGGACAAAGAGGGACGAACUGCUCUACACUGGUCUUGCAACAAUGGCUACCUGGAUGCUGUGAAGUUGCUGCUCGGCUGCCACGCUUAUACCAAUCUGAUGGAGAACAAUGAAGAAAGGUACACCCCUCUGGACUAUGCGCUGCUGGGUGAGCACCAGGAGUUGACCCAGUAUCUGCUGGAGCACGGGGCCAAGUCCAUUGCCGCCAUCCAGGACAUCGCGGCCUGCUCCAUCCAGGCGCUCUUCAAGGGCUACCGCGUACGCCGCGCCUUCCGCGAGCGCAAGAACCUGCUCAUGAGGCACGAGCAGCUACGCAAGGAUGCCGCCAAAAAACGAGAAGAGGAGCGCAGACGGGAAGCUGAACAACAGCAGCUCUCAUUGGCUGGCUCCCUGGAGCAGCAGCUGGCAUUGGCUGAACAAGACGUUGUGGGCGGAGUUAAAGUGGCCAUCAGCGCCACCAAAAGAGCAUCCUCCAGAGCUCAGCGUAAUUCAUGCCAACGUAAAACUGCGUCACCUCGACCUCACCCUGGUACCAAGGAGCAUGAGGAAGUUCAUGUUGGUGGUAUGAGAGCGCGUGUGCUGACACCGGCACCGGCACCGGCAGCUGUGUGCUUAUCGGGAUUGGUUGGCUCUUCUGAACGCCUCUCUCCCGCCGGCUCCAGUCGUCCCGGCAGCGCUAGGCCCGCCCAGCCCUCGGCUGGCACUGAGGCCCAGCCCAAAGCAGUGGCGGCAGCAACAACCGCCACCACCACCACCACCACAUCCCGUCCCAGUGCCACCACCACCACCAACACCACCACAACACAUCCACAUCACCGCCCUAGGUCAGCGAAGCAUCAUGGGACGCCAGAGAGGGGAGGAGGGGAGGUGGCAGGCAGGAGGGACGACAGAGGAGAGAGGAAGACGACGGACAAGGAGCGGGAGAGACGGAAGAAGGAGAAGGAGCAGCGGAGAAGUCAGGCGGCCAGAACCAUUCAGAGAGCAUGGAGGAGGCAUUGCGUUCAGGUUCUCCUGAGGGAGGUCUUGAGCAAAUGGCAUCAUAAGAAGACGAGUGAGCCGGCCGAGCUGACCUCCCUGGUGAUCCAGCUGCUGUGGGAUUGGCCUCUUCCUCUUCCUCUUCCUCUGCUGCCUGUUGGUCAAGCUCAUAGCGGCGGGAAAAGCCAAAAGUCCAAACCCCGAGCUCCUCCUCCUACCAAGAGCGCUGGGAAGAAGUCCUCCACGCUGCAAAACAUCUACGGAGGCUCCCAGUCCAGGAGAGCAGGGCUCGGCAGACUAACCACGCCACUGAACAGCUCAAGUCAGGCAGUCCUACCUCUUAAAACCGGUGCAACAUUGAAUGGGAUGGAGUGUGUGCGUGUGGACUCCUCUCCGGCCCGGCAGUACUCCUACCACAUGAGGCCCCUCAGCAAGGACGCCCAGAGGAAUAGUCGCACCAACAACUGAGGACACCAAGACACAUCCCUGCCUGGGAUGGAGUGAUGGGUGUUAGAUUGGGAGUGUUGAGUGGACUGUCCUUUUUUUAUUCGAUUUGGGGCUUUUUAGCCUGUGGACCAUGAAGAUGGAGACAGGACAGCUGUCUGAGAGAGAUGGGUUGGGAGCUGACCCAGUCCGGAUUGGAACCUGGGUCGGUGUGUUACUGCGCCCUACCGUGGACCACCUGUCCUGAUGUAUUUAAACAGCAAAACCAAAAUCAGAACUCUAAUGUAGGCAAGAUGCAUGACUCAGCUACAGUAGAAAGGCGUGCAGGUGUUGGCAGUAAGCAAGGACUUUUGUCCUAGCGGUGUGAUGUGCAAAUGGGACAGAUGCUCUAUUGUGUGUCAGUGACACGAGACUCUUGGCCCUCGCCAGAGUUGGAUCUCUAUUCGGUAGCCAUGACAACCCAGUAGGUCAUGGGGUUAAAUACACAACAUGGCUGACCUUCUGUAUUGCAGAUAUCACCACACGCACAUGCACACCAUGACACAGAGGACUAACAGGUGCAACUGCGGGCGGAGACCACUAGCUGGUGUGUGUGUGUGUGUGUGUGUGUGUGUGUGUGUGUGUGUGUGUGUGUGUGUGUGUGUGUGUGUGUGUGUGUGUGUGUUGAAAAUGUAUCUAGGGAAUGUGAUGUUACUACGGUACUCCUUGGGAUUUAUGUAACUGGUUUGACCUGUUGAAGUCAUGUUGCUGAUCAGAGUGCAAUGAGAAGUGAAUUGUAUACGUGGCCUUAAGUGCCUUUGUCAUUGAAUGUUACAUAUGUAAAAAUGUGACUUCUUUUGAGACUGACCCGGAUCAUCCAUAGAUUCUACCAGGUCAAUCACUUCCAUAGUUUGUUAAGUUAAGUUUGAAACUGGCUGUUUUUUUUCAUCCUUUUCAUCUACCCUCAACAUUCUAGACAUCAAUGUAUUUGGCACUUUUAUAAUCCAAAGUAUUUACAAUGUGUCCUGUAUGUUUGGACGAC